AAUUUUUAAAUCGUAGCGUAGUGGAGUUGAAAAAUCAUGGUUAAAUUGAAGUAAUAAAAGGUAUUGAAAAAUGUAUCUCAUGUAUUUAGAAACAUUUAUCUACUGACAUCACAACUAAAUCAGUUAAAAUAAUUCGGCCUUCUCAAAAAAAUUGACUGAGAGGCUCCGCCUUGGUCUCUCAAGAACUUGACUUAGGAAUUAGAUUUUAGAAUCUACAACUACAACAUCGUCCACUGCAAACAGGCCUUUCUUCAUAGUAUAAUUAUAAGGUCAAGGUAAUUAAAUUUUUCGAAGGCCUAGGCUAUAUUACUAAUUCAUUGCAAUGCCAACUUUUUUGACUAUAAAACUUAAAUUAUUGAUAUUGCCUAUGCCUAUUAAAUUUAAGGUUAGUAAAAAUGGGUAGGGCGAGACAAUAGUCUAAUAGUAGAUACUUUGGUCAAAAAUGUAAACAUUUUUUAAAAAUAAACCAAUGGCACAGUUGAAUAGAGCUAAUUUUAAACAUAAUUAUAACACCAAAAUCAUAUUUUUAGCUGUUGUAGUUUUAAAGUUAUGAAUUUUUAAAGUACGACUUGGUUUGUCAUUUUUUAACAUAGACUGCAUCUCCACAUUCUGUGACCUCAUUCCGCCGAUCGCGUCAUGCGCAAUGACUAUAUAGUUUAUAUAAGGCAAAGCAUUCCCUUAUCACUAAAAUACUGUUUAGGGUCGACUUAUUUUAAACUUUCAACUUUGGCACAUGAAUAAUUAAUAAAAGCUUUCCCUGACCAAUGGUUUAAUAGCUUUUGCACACGGCAAACUCUUAUGAAUGAAACUCUGAGAUAGUACUACGACGUAGCCGUUAUGCAAGUGGCUGUGAAUGGUUGCCAAUGACAAUGUGUUGCACAGGGAAAAUUCUGAUCAUUUAUAAUAUGGACUCUGCAGGGUUUUUAAAGCUCAAAUUAAAACAUUUCCAGUUUAAAUGUCUUCAAAAUGCAUUCUGAAACACAAAAUAUAAAAUAUUUUGAUGUAUAUAGUGGUAAUAAUUAAAUAUUUCCUAAGUAUCGGCAACUUCCGCCAUUAAAAAGGGGGCGUGGCCCACGCCAUGUCGAAAUUAGGCUGAGCCACCUUAUGGUGAUAUGGGUCAAUGUGACAAGUGUAACAAACGUGAGACACGACCUACAUCAAUGAAACUUGGCACAGAUAUAGAUCAAUAUCUAAUGCUCAUACAGAUUUAAUAAAAAAGGACCUUAUCUUAUUAUUUCACAAAAAAUUUUGUAUGCGAAGAUGCCUUAUAUAUACCAAAGAUUUUCAAAAUAAAGGUCGAUUGAAAAAAGCAAAAUAGCUUGCUAGAAAUGUAGGCCAAGAUGUCUUCCAAAUUAUAAGGCCGGAAACGGAACUCAAAUAUAUGUGGAAAGAACUAAUUUAAUAAUAAAUAGACACACACAUCGGAAAAUUAAAAACUCGGAUUUUUCGGCGCCGAUGCCCAUUUCCGAUACAAAAAAAAUAGUAGUCUCCCUUCUUUCAUCGAAGUAUCUACUAAUAGUAUAGACAAGCUUGCCAAGCACAUUACGCGAUGGGUAGAAGUAGAGUGCAAAGCGUCAUUAGCAAAAUUCGCUUUGGGUAGAGCCCAAUGCUUCCUUCUACACAUAUUCGGAAUGAAUCAUCGAAUGUAGACUAAGUUUAAGUCAUAGUCUUAGCGGUUUUGGCAAAAAUUUUAAAAAAUUAACCACUUUGUUACCGCUGACAUUGACACGACAUCACGAUCAUCCACUUUCAUUUACCAAGGACGCCACAUUGUCGUCAUAUCAAAGAGGCAAAGCACUUUUAUGAAUUACUGAGGACGUCACAUCAUUAUUUUAAUGAAUGCCAUAUAUAUUUCUUGUAUUCUUUAAUUUAUAGAGACGUUAAUAAAUGAAUUGGAUAGAGAAUGGAAAAAUACUGGAAGUAUUGAGGGUACACUGUGUAUUUUGAUUUAAAGAAUUGAAAGAUGCUAAAUGCUGCCGUAGCAAAUUAUUGAGGGGUUUCUGACUUCCCACUUCUUUAUAAAAUUGUAAAAGAAUUAGCUGUUAAAGUUUGAGUUGACUUUUUAAAAGAGAAAAUAAGAAUUUUAUUGAACACUGUUAAUGUUAUAGUUUUUUACCAUAAGAAGGCAAACCAUGUAAAAAGUUUUAAUCUAGAAUAACAAAACUAGAAAAUGGCUGAACAACAAAUUAUUAUCGGUCAGUCUUAAAAUAUGUUUUUCUUGUUAUUAAAUAGGCAGUGUCUACACGUCCGGCGGACGUAUAUCUCCCGCACUAUUCGUCCGGCGACCAAGUCACAUGACCACCGUAACAAAGUGGGGAGAGAUAUUUUGUCCAUCAGCCUUGUCACUUGACCGCGAAUGAUUCAAAACUAUUUUAAUUUUAAAAAUCUAUUUCUCUACCAAGUAAUGUAUUGAGUAUCUUGCAUGCAAAUAAUAGAAAAAAACUGAAGUGAAAGUGGCUUGUAAAAAUUUUUGUUUAGUUUGUUAUUUGAGUUUGUGUACCAGUAAUCCAUCAGAUAAAUAAGGGGCCAAUAUUCAGUAUGGAGUAGGCAACCAAUAAAAGUAAAAGAUUUCAUUUUAAAUUGUUUAAAUUGCUACAAAAUAUUUUAAAACUUCUCAUGAAACUACUGUUGCUGAUGAACAUGAUAAUAUAAAUAUAAUAUAAAAUAUGUUUAAUUAAAAUGGGGAAAAAAACAAGAUCCCAUACUGGGCAUUGAUCCACACAAAUAUAAUAUAGUCAAGCGACCACUCUACCACAAGACCACACAAGAUUUUCUAAUGUGCACUUUGUUCGAAAUAAUGACGACUACUAGUCGUCUGGUGGUCACGUGACAUGCCCGCCGGACGUAUAUCACGCGCACUAUUUGUCCGGCGCGCCGGACGUGUAGACACUUCGUAUUCAAUAUUUCUGCUCGACACCAAUAUCACCCAGCAGUCUUUUGGCAAUUAUUUUUGUCAGUAUUUUGUCAGUGUCAUUUAAUAGGGAUAUUCCUCUGUAGUUUGCGCAUUAAAGUUUGGAACCUUUUUUGUGUACUGGAUUUGGGUUAUUAGUGCUUUUUCGCAAUCUGUUGGAAUUUUCUCUCAACAACACCAAGCCUAACAGUUAAAGAAAUGUGGCAGCUAAAUAUUUUACAUUGGUUUUUAUAAUUUUUUAAAUUAUUAGGUUUAAAUAAUUAUAAAACAAACUUAAUAGCAUAUGCCUAACAUUUUAAUUUUUUGUUUAUGAUUGAUGUUUCAUGGAGUAGAUACCAAAUUUUGUGUUUAUUAAUAUUCUUUAGAAUUCAAAUUAAUACAUUCAUAAUUAAACGUUAUUUUCAUGCCUUAUAUUUUAAAAUAGGUUUGGAAUUCAAGAAAAUCAACACUUUAAUAAAAAAAAAAAUACACAACAGUUUGUUAAUAAAUACAGAUGAAAUCAAACAUGGCCAGGUAUUUUUUCCAAUUCUAGACAAGUUAAUUUUAUUCUUCUGUAUUUUCGAAAAUAUUUAUGAUAUGUAUAUACCAUAUCAAGAUUUUCAACGCUUUAUUUCAGAGCAAAAUUGUAAGAUUAUUUGAUUUUAUUUGAAUAAAAACUAAUCAAGAGUAUUCUUAAUAUAAUUAUUAAUCAUUCAUAUUUUUGUCUUUGUUGCUUGAUCAGUCUGUAUAUUUAAAUUGGAUUGUAUGAUAUCAGCAUAAAUGUCAAUCAAAUAAGAACACAUUUACUAUUGUCGUUUUCAACAUUUCCGCAGAAUCUAUUUUAAUUGUCCCUGUUCAACAACAAAUGGAAACAACUUAUACACAAUGUGGCGAUGGAUCAUCUUUGCUUUGGUAUUUGUUGCUGGAUUAGUUAUUCUUAUACCUUGGUCAAAUAUUUUUAAAAUAUCCGAAUCAGAAACCAAAGAAAAUUUACAUGAGUUACAUUAUGGAAUUGUGAUUGAUUGUGGAAGCAGUGGUAGUAGAAUAUUUGUUUACUAUUGGCCCACACAUUCUGGAAAUCCAAAAGAUUUGCUGAAUAUACAACAAUUGGUUGAUGAUUCAGGAAAUGCUGUAGUAAAAAAGGUGUCUCCAGGUAAGAAUUUAUAGUUUAACCAUUUUAAAAAGAAUGUGUUAUCAUAAAAAUGUAAUUGAAUGCUAAAAGUUUUUUAACAACUUUUUGUUAAAUAUUCUUCCAGUUUAAAGAUUAUUUAUGCAGACACAAUAAGGAAAGAAACUGAAAGUGCAAUUAUUACAUUAUUUCAGGCUUGUCUUCAUUUGAAAACAACCCGGAUGCUGCAAGUGACCAUAUCAAAGAAUUACUACUCUAUGCUCAGCAAUAUAUCCCAGAAAAAAAGCAUGUAGAAACAUCACUUUAUGUCAUGGCAACUGCUGGAAUGAGAAUGUUGUCACAGAGGUAAAAGAAAUUUAAACAAAAGACAAUUAUACUAAAUUAUACACCAUAUUAAUAUUUGGCUGUGGAAAAUGAAUGCCAUUAUUUUAAAGUCAUUGAAACAAUAAUGAUAUAAUAUGUUUAAAAAAAUCAUCUAUUCCUGUAGUGCACUGAGUGGGGCAUAAGCCAUUUAUGUUCUCCAUUAUGCUCUGCAUGUCAUCCUCUUCAUAUAACUCCAUGUCAUUCUCAUGGCUCUCCUUUUAACCUCUUCCAUAUGUGGUUAGGGUCAUGCCCACCUGUCCUUUGUGAAAAGAUCUAGUUGCUCUCUGGACUUUGUGGCUGACAUCUCUGUAUCCUAACUCAUUCAUUGUAUGUUAUUCAAAUGAGUCAGCCCUAAUCAGCUGCUCUUCUUCAGUUCUUUUUUGUGUUCAUGUUAUUGGCUAUUGUUUCCACUCUCAUUAUUUUUGCUUUCUCUGUGGCAAUAUUGAAUUAAAAAAGAUUUGUGUAGUUGCAUAAUGUCGAUCUUUUUAUUUUGCAUGUGGUUGAGGUUUUGACCAAGUGUCCUGAUCCACUAGUAAAGUGACAUGUGCCCACAAGAUGCCUUUUUAUGUCAGUUGUUGCUUUAUCAUUAUAUCUAUGCCCUGUUUGAUUUUUAGGGGAGUUAUUAAAAAUACCUACCAUACUCAUAAAUUAAAAGGUUGUACAGAUAAGCUAUGUGGCAGUUCAAUUUUGCAAUGGGUAAAUGUUGUAUUCUUAUUAAUUGUAGGUAUUUCAAGAUAUUUCAUGAUUAAUUAAUUAACAUCAGGCCGUGAUUUAGUUUUCCAAGAGUGAGAGCUUAUAAAUAUUAUUUUAACCAAGGGGAGAAACAAUAAUUGACCUCCACAUCUAAUUCUCAAACAACAGAUCCUUGCACCUAGACUCAGAACAGGAACAUAAAAGCAGAUCAUUAUCUGUUUAGAUAUAUUCAAUUAACCUCCAUGGCCAGAGGUGUGCUAUUGUAGAGGUUAUUGCUAACAUCUAAAAUUGUAAAAAAAUUAAAUGGUGCAACACUAGUUUUUGGAUUGGUAAUUAUAAAUAAUAAUAUAUUUGCUCAAAGCAAUUCUUUUAUAGAAAGAUGCCUUGACGGUCCUUUUUAUUUUAAAAUCUGUUUUGCAAAAAAUCUUAGUUAAAAUAAAUUAUAUUCAAGGUUUAAUAGCUCUAAGAAUCUAAAGAAGAUUAUGGAAGAAUAACUUUCAUUGUAAUUCAGUUUAAUUGAUCUGUUGCAUCUUUUUCAGUGCUCAGCAAGCCAUUCUUCAAGAUUUACAAAGAGAUAUAACAAAGGAGUUCAAUUUUAUUGCAACAGAUAACCAUUUUGAAGUUAUUUCUGGCAAGCAGGAGGGAGUUUAUGCAUGGAUAGCUAUUAACUAUGUUUUGGACAGAUUCUCACAUUCACCUACAGCUUUUGGUAUUUAUGGUUUAUUAAACUAGAUUUCCUUCUGUUCUUUCAUCAACAUCAUGUUGUCUGUUGUCCUGUUAUUGCUAUAAAUUAUGAGAGGAAAUUAUGGGGAUAAAAUCUUAUGAGCUCACCGUAUAUAAACAAAUAUAUUUCUUAACCAAAAUAAAAUUCAGAGUUGCGACCCAUCCACUCUACAUAUCAGGAAGUAGAAGGGUGCGCAACACUAACAAGGCGCAUAGGCCAGAGCAAGAGAGACAUUUCAAUUAUAUGCAAUUGCCUCUUCAUAUCGUACCCCAUCAAAUUAAAACGCUAGAUAUGCAUUGCUCAUAUUUACCAUAUAUUAUCUGAUUGACCAAGAGAGACUAUAAUUUUCAAGUUUUUGUCUUAACGAAGCAGCAUCACACUUGAUAAGAAAAUAGCAUGCCAUGCUUUCAUAAAAACACUUGCAAAAAAAUAUAAGUUAUAUCUAACUCUCCAGAUUAAAGUGCAUCCUCAGCGAGUCUACUGCAAAUACCCAAAAUAACCCCAAACAAAGGUUGCAACAUAUCUAUAGUGCGAUCCAUAUGCAAGUAUAUGUAUUAAUUGUUCCUUUUGCAAUUUAUGUUAUUAUCUUCAGGUUCAGAGUCAGCAACAGAUAAUAUGUUACACUCAGCCGAAGAUAGCUCAAGUAAGCAUACUCGUAAAAGGACUGUUGGCAUUAUAGAUAUGGGAGGUGGCUCAGUACAGAUUGCAUUUGAAGUCACUAGCCCUGUGAGUUAAAAAUGUUGCUGUGUUUUGAGAUGUUUAAAAUCCAUGAGGAGUGUUUGAUUUGUGAAUUACAUUUAAAACUUUUGUAUUGUUAUCUAUGAUGUCCUCUGGUUGUUUAUUAGUUUUGUGUAGAUAAUGAAAGAGUAUUAGGUACGUUAUUUUUGAAGAGCUAAUUUUUUUCUUAGGGUUGAGUAGUGUGUAGAUGUUCUUAAUGUGGAGUAUAUCCUUGUGGAGUAAAUACAUUUAUAUCAGGGUGAACACAGUCGGGAAAAAAGGAAAUAGUCGUGAAUUUGAUUGAAUAAUUUUCCCGGCCGUGAAAACAGAGAAAAUGAGCUUUCUAGUAAAUUUUCCAGAUAGUCGGUAAUUUUUUAAUUUGUAAAAAAUAAUAAUAAAAUUGGCUUUGCAUGCCAUGAAAAUUGACGUUAAUUGCCGAUCUCGUCUAUUUUUAGCCUUUCUGUUAUCCAAAGGACCUUGCCAAAAUGCUAGUGUUUUCCCCUUAAGAGCACAUGCGUUUUGAGCUCUACUAGUUUCUUUUACUAUUACCGUACAACUUCGGUAGACCAGAAAUAUUUAUUUUCUUUUCACAUCACCGAUCAAGAGAUGUUUGACUGUUUUGGGUAAGUAAAGUGUAAAAUAUAGUAAUUAAUUAUUUGAAUCUAGUUUUCAAUUGUGAGGUAACCAUUAUGAAUAGAAAACUACUCAUCCAAGCGCUGCUUACAAUGACUAAGCUUAGUGUACCUUGUUAUGUUGUAGUCUUCAUAAGUUGAUUUUUAACAUUUUUACUGUAUGUGGGCGACAUGUAUUUUUUUUUUUUAUUAGCGCUAGGCAGCCUUUAAUUAUUUUUUUUAAAGGACUUUAAGUUCACUUUACAUUUAAUUACUCAGUAGGCCUUCUAAUUUUAAAUAGGCUCAUAUGAUUAAGUUAUUUUGUGAUACUAUUUUUGCAUAGAUUAGUUAGCUAGUUUACGGCUGACUUGGGAAAUUCAUUUAAAAGUUAAUAAAACUAAAACUAGUUGAUUGGACUUGAUACAUCGAUUCAGUGAGCCAAACUCUGGGUAUACUUUAGGGUAUUAUACUAUUAUUCAUAAGCACAGUGGCGUAGGCAAGGAUUGUUUUUUUUUUUUUUUGUGUGUGGGGGUCCUUUGGAUACCCCAAAAAAGUAAGGGGGGGGGGGUUUGGUCAAUGAUGCAUUCCCCUGCAGAAAAUCCAAUACUUUAGGGUAUUAUACUAUUAUUCAUAAGCACAGUGGCGUAGGCAAGGAUUGUUUUUUUUUUUUUUGUGUGUGGGGGUCCUUUGGAUACCCCAAAAAAGUAAGGGGGGGGGGGUUUGGUCAAUGAUGCAUUCCCCUGCAGAAAAUCCUGACUAUGCCGUUUCCUAUGCAUAUCUUAGUAUCUCUUCUAACUCUAUAUUACUGUAGUUUAGAACGGGUAUAAUAUAGUCUAUAUGAUGUAUGCCUUACUGUAAAUUAUAAACAUAAUAUUAAUCUGAUAUUAUAUUUUAUUUUGUUUCACUAUUCAGGAUCAAGGCUCAACAGUUCCUGUAAAGACAGAUGGUCAGGACAGCUAUGAUGAUAAUGGUUGAACAAGUCAUCACUGCUUCACUAUGCUGGAAAUUUUGACAACAAGUACCGGUAUUCAGGGCAAAAAUAUUUUUAAAAUGCCAAUCAUCUGAUGAGACUUCAGCUUUAUCACCUAUCUUAGGUCUCCAGUUCUGCAAAUUCUCAGCCAAGCUCCCAAUGUAUGUGUCAAAAUAUGAAACCUUCAUUGGAGAGAUUUUAUAGACACUAAAGUGUGUUGACUCAAACUAUCCAUUUUCAUCACAAAAAAGAGAACGUUAACUCCAUAUAAGAAAAGAUGGUUUUCAGUUGUGGUAGUUAUACAUAUGGGCUAAAAUGCCCUGAAGAACACAUUGCAAAAGUUGCCCUUGCACUUUAAAAGAAAACAUCAACAAUUUUUUCACAUCUAAGUAAAUUGAAAAUUGCUAUUGCUAGGAAAUUCAAUAAAUAUUUACAUGUAUACACCUCAAUCGCUUAGUUUUUUUUAUCAUUUGUGUUGUAAUUCAAUAUUGCUUUACUUUGACAAUUACAUGGUUUUUUAUAUUAUAAACAAAAACGCCUCGUUACAUUUGGCAGGAAUUUUUUUGUUUUUAGUGGGGAAAAGUUGGAGAAAAGUAGGGAAUUUUGUUUUUAAAAAAGAGUUGGAACCCUGUUAUAUACAAUCUCAGAUUGUUACAAAGAAGGGAUGAGAGUAUGUAACUUUGUCUCAUGUUAUGCUUGAAGACUGUUGCAUGUACAAAUUUACUGAAUGUGCCAACUGAAAACCUGGACAAGAGGUUUAUUACUAUGGGCUUUGUCUUUUUAUAUUUAAUGUUGGCUUCAGACUUUUAGAAACUUUUAAACUGUUUAAUAACCAAUUAUUAAAAUUUUAUUUGCAGAGGCAUAUCAAGGAGAUACCACCAUCUUUGUUGUCAGAGUUCAAUUUAGGCUGUGAAGACAGUGAUGAAGAUCAUACCUAUAAUGUUUAUGUCACAACAUUCCUGGGUUUUGGAGCCAAUUCUGCACGGGACAGAUAUGAACAUAUGUUAGUGGAGCAAAGUUCUACUCGAGAAAGGUACAUUUGAAAAGAAUCAUUCUAUUAAAACAUUGAGUGAAGUAAAAUACUCUAUUGUUUUUAAAAUAAGCUUGUCUUAUGUCUUUCAAAUCUAUAUCUUAUGUUAAGACUAGUUCACACCCAAGUACUGAGUUAAACAAUUUUAGGUCAAAUUUGCCAUCAGUGAUGCAUUGGACAAGGAUAUUAUAAGGCUUGCAAAUCGACCCUAGAGCUGUUAAUGCAUCCAACAAUGCCAUGUAACCAAAGCCCUUGUUCUUUAAAUGGCAUCCAACAAUCACAUAAUGAUCAAUCCUCUCACUUUUAUGGUUUUUCUGAGUUUUUGGUAUAGCACUGAAGAUAUUUUUCAAGUAGUGAUUGGUCCAAAUGUCGGGUGCUGUUACUAUGUUAAUUAACAAUUGUUAACAUGAUAUAUAACUGAAUGGCAUAUUUUGACACAGCCCUAUUGAUAUAUUUUGAAAGUAUAAACAAAUGUAUUAAUAUCCUUCUCUAUUUUUGUACUCAUCAGUUUAAAUGGCAAGCAAAAGGCCAUAAAAGAUGUUUGUCUCCCAGCUGGUAUGAAGUAUGAGGAAGGAGAUGGCCAGCAUAAGUUCAUUGGACAAGGAGAUUAUGAGGCUUGCAAAUCAGCCCUAGAGCCGUUAAUGAAUCUAACAAUACCAUGUAACCAAAGCCCUUGCUCUUUAAAUGGCAUCCACCAACCACAUAUUGAUCUAUCCUCUCUUUUUUAUGGUUUUUCCGAGUUUUGGUAUAGCACUGAAGAUGUUUUUAGAAUGGGUGGACGCUAUUCUUAUAAAGAAUUUCAUGAAAAAGCCAAGGUACAUGAGAAUCACAUUGCCUAUUAUGUUGUAAGAUAAUAUACAAUGCUAAAAAUAUGUCUCUUUAAGCAGUCUCCAGACUUUUACAGGUCAGAAGCUGCUCACUCAAACUAUUAAACUGUCUGCAAUUUAAAAAGAAAUAAAUUUCUGCCGAUAAAGCUUUUUGUUAGUUGUUUAAUUACACCUAAUAAAACUUAGUUUUUUUGCAUGAUAUAUUGUUAAAUCAAUGUUAAAAUAAAAUUAAUUGUUUUUGUAAAAAUAAAUUAGGUAUUCCUAUUCUCAAAUUUUGUUACAGGUAUUAGACAUGUCACAUUAAAUUUUUUUUUUUUUUUUAAGGAGUUUUGCAGUACUAAUUGGAAUAUACUAGAAGAAAGGUAUAAAAAGAAACUUUACCCUAAAGCUGAUGAUCAUCGAUUUAGGUAAGUUUUCCUUUUAUACCUUAAAAUAUCUGACUAUAUUUAAAUGUGUUAUAUGCUUAACUUUGCAACAAUAAUAUUCAGGAAUGGCUGGCAAAAAAAAAAAUUAUCAGUCUGUAUGCAUUAAUUAUUUCAACAAAUGUAAUUGUAAUGCUUGCAGAUUUCAGUGCUUUAAGUCUGCCUGGAUGACUCAAGUGUUCCAUAAAGGGUUUUCUUUCCCAAGUGACUAUGAAAAAUUGACAUCUGCCCAGCUAGUAAAUGGGAAAGAUGUAGGCUGGACUCUGGGUGCUCUUAUUUACAAGACUAGAUUUUUACCCCUUCGGUAGGUUUGCUUUGUAAUUUUAACUCCAGAUAAAACAAAACAGUUUAUUGUGAAGCAAUAGCUCAUUACAAAGUAAUUAUUUAAAUAUUGCUUUUUUAAAUGAUGUUUAAUGUUUACUUAUGUUAGGUACUUUGAUACUGCUCUGUGUAUCCUACUGCGCAUGUCGAAAAAUGCUGAUAAAACUUGCUCUACAAUAUGGCAUAAGGCUAUGCAUUAUUUAUGGAAAAUCGCAUAAUACGUCACAUUUUUUUCUUAAAUAAUUGCUUUCCUCAUCAGUGAGGUAUCUGUUUUUGUGUUUCGGUGAUUCUAUGAAAUUUAUGCUACAAGUUUUUAUGUUGUCACGGACAACAAGGAUUAUCUUAACGAUUUGGUAAGCAUCUAUUACAUUAAUACUUUUUUGUUAGUUAUAAUCGUUGACAUAACAGUCUUCUUUAAAAUUAGGAAAUAUAUAAAUUAGCCUAUAAAACUUUCAUUAAAAGACAUCAAAUAAAUAAACAAGACUCAAACAACAUCAUCAUAGUAAUUAUAUUUGAAUAAGGACAUAGAAAACAGUUUAGAUAGACAAAUAUUUAAUAUAUCAACUAACAUUUUAAAAAAAGAAAUGAGUUUAUAUAAACUAAAAAAAUUGAAAAAUAUUAAAAAGAGACUAGAAAUUAUGUAAUUCUGGAUUAUGAUUAGAUGUAAUUGCCAGACUUCUUUUAAGGACAAUAGAAAAUGUUAAUUUUAUGUUGAAGAUCUUUGUGGAAUGUCUUCCACUUCCAUCAAAAUGAGGCAAGUUUGGACGUAAAUGUCAAAGCAAAGUUUAUGAAGGAGAGAUUGUGGGAUUCAUCAACAAGACCAAGAAAUUUGUAGAGCAGUUCACAUUGAAAAUGACAAGUAGAACAUCCCCAUUACUUUCUAAAUUUAAUAAUAUACUGGUUUGCUCGUAUUAGUCUUAAGGGUAUUUUAGUAGUUUUUAUUUAUAAUUUAUAAUCUCAAGUAUUCAAUUUUAUAUUGAAAAAAAAAAGACUUCUUCUUACCUUUUAUAAAUAUAACAAUUGAUUUAAAAUAUAACUGAAGCAUAUAUUUUAUGUAAAUGUAAAUAUAAUAAACUUGUUUUUUUUUGCCUUUACAAAUAAUGUUUCUAAAUUUUCUGUUCAUGAUUUUUUUUUCAACAUUCUCUCAAAUAAAAUUAUUCAAAAUAAAAAGUCAUGGUGUAAUUUAAAAGGUGUGUUGCUCUUUGUCUUUAUAUUAGAUUGUGAAUGUCUCCUGAAAAUUUGAUGCAAUUAUCUUUAAAAAUAAAAAUGUUGUGGAGUAUAUAUGGGGCUUAAAAUUUUUUUUAAAAGUCGUAACACCACUUCCAUAAUAUAAGAUAGAUGGAUGAAAUUAAUGUUUUUGGAAAGCUUAUAGCUAGACCUUUAAUUUGACAUAUCUUUAAGGGCAAUCAGACACUUUUUAUGUUCCUCGAAAUGUUCUUAAAUUAUUAUUGUCGAUUUAAUUUUUUGACAUUUAUUUUUACCUAGUCAAAACAUAUAAAAUGCUUACACAUGGUUAGUUCUUUUGAAAUUUAAAUUGUUGGUCUUUAAAUUUUAUAAUAACUUAUAGGUUAUCUUUUAAGAAACUUUUUUUUGCUAAAUUUAGUUUCUAAUUCUAAAAAAUAGAAAACUUGUGCAAUGAGAUAAAAUAUUUGAAAUUUAGAUAAUUUUAUUAUUGAAAAACAACAAAAACGCAUCAACAAAACAAAUUUUUAUGUUAUUUAUGCAUUUAUUUUGGGUUUUUAUAACACCAUUUAAAUAGUUGAUAAUAAUUUAUCCUUUAUUUUACAGCGAUAUAGAAAGGCUCAAAGAGAUUCAGUUAAACCAGAUGUCUUUACAGAAGCAGAAAGCUUCCAGGACCUUGGAUACAUCAUUUUUGUUGAUUGGCUGUUUUAUUGUAGUUUUAGCUGCCAUCUUUGUCUACAUGAAGUGGCUGAAGUGCUGCCCACGAACAGCUGAUCUUCCACGUGUGCCAUCUAUGUCUUACUUUAUGACAGAGCAAGACCAGAUGGAGCAAGGCAUUCAGUAUGUUAAAAGCCAGGGUUAUGUUUUAUGAGCAUAAUGUACCAUUUAAAGAGCUUUACUAAUUUAAUCAUAUCAGUAUCUGCAAACAAUGCAAAAUGAUACUUUAAAAACAAUAUUUUAAUCAAUUGAAACUGGAUUUAGAAAGCAAUAAAUAUUAGCCCUACUUUAUUUUAAAGCAACUGUUUAAGAUUGCUCAUUUGCCUAGUAGUGAUUAUUUUUUCACAGAAUCUCAAAAUGAUGUUGGUCAUGAACUUUCAGUCUGAGACCACUGAUUACAACAUAUAAGCCUAGAAUAAUAAGAUGAUAAAUUCUACUUUUCUAUGUUUCAAUGAAUACUUCCUACAACAUAAUCUCUUUAGUUAUUGUAGUUCACAUUUUACUCCCAGGUUUCUAAUAAUAACUUUCAAAAUUAUCUAACAAAUCUUUUUGUGCAUUAUUUAAGAAUAAUAAAGAACAAUUGUUUUAUGGGAUCGACUGCUUAGAAAAAAAAACUUUUUGGGGAGGAAAGAGCAAUGGAGGUGUUCCGCUUUCAUAUUAUUUGUCAGGGCCGUCUUUUAUAAAAAAUUAGUAUUAUUGGGUCUGUUUUAAUAAGCCUACUCAACUUAAUGGAAUUGGCCAUAGCCCAUAAAAUUAUGAAUUUUAAAUAGUUAAAAACACUUCUUAAAAUUACCCUACCUUACUGGAAAUCAGAUUCUACUUUCCAUUUACUAAGUAAAUGAAUUAAAAAGACUUGAAAUUAUUGCAUUUUAACUUUUCUUGUUAAACAUAAAUCUGUACUGUAUUUGCUCAAGAUCAUAAAAAUUUUAUGCAAAAAAAAAAAAUAUGAGUUCAUAGUGCAUUUUUGUUGUUAAAGUAUUUAUCAUUUUCAUUUACUGAAUUAUUAUAUCUUUAUUUUUAAAUUUGCUACACAAAUGCCUGCAGAGAAUGUACAACCAAAAUGCUAAAUUUCUUGAAUCAUUUUUUCCUGUCUGAAUUUAUUUCCAUUUUUGAUGUGGUUUUUGACCUUUUCCAUCUUUGAUAAAUGAAAUUGGGAAAAAUGUUUUGUAGACACCCAAUGCAAAAUUGAAAUAAAACACAGUCUUUUUGCUUUAAAUUUUAAAAUUUUAAUGUUUUACAAUUUAAUUCAAUGGGUAUGUAAAUAACUGGGAACCAAGCAGUAAUAAAUAAUAAUAAUAUGAAUUCUUGACCUUUUGGCAAAGCAAUAUUACAUAUAAAUGAGGUUGAGGAGAAAUCUGCUGUUGUUUGAAAUAAUAUUUUAUGUUAAAUCUUGAAAUGAGUUUUGUUUCUGUGAAAUGAAGCUCUGGUUUGACAUCCACUUUCUUUGAAACCAAUUCCUAGAUUACAGUUUCAAUUUAACAUAAUUUAAAAUUUUGAAAACAAUAAAAUGAUUACAUGUUUUCUUGUAAUGAGAAGUUUACACAUUUAUAAUUUAUUUAAAGCUUUAAAUUUUCAAUAAGUCAGUGUUUUAAAGUUGGUGAUUUGUUUUGAUUUUGUGUGACUCUUCUUCCUCUCUCUCUCUACCCCCAAAAACCCACAUCUGUAAAAAAAAUAAUUUCUUUCUUAAAAUAUUCAACCUCACCUGAGUACUAAUUAUGUUAGUUUGAAAGAUAACUUAACAAAACCAAACAGUUAAAAAUAAAUACUUCUUGUAAACAUUGGCUCAAAUCAUAGCUUUUUUCUGUUAUGCUUAGUUAUUUGUAAAAUACUUCAUCAAAUGUGAUUGAUAAUUUACCUUUCAAUUUGUCCCAUAGUUAUUGACUAAUAUUUGUUUAAAAUUAAUAUGAAAGAGUAUUAUUUAAUACUUGAAUAUGCAUUUUAUUGCCAGUAUUUGAUUUAUACUAAUCAAUAGAGAUAAAUAAACUCUGUCAGUGCUUUAGAAGAUAUUGGUUUUCCCUUUCUAAAUUACUUCUAAUUAUUCCUGACUCUAGAAAUGUAAGCAAUGUAUAUAAUGAAAAAUUGAGCCAAGUUUUGGACAACAUUUUCUUCUACGGUAUUCUUAGCCUAGGUAUAAGUGUCCUAAUUAGCUUACGAAAAGUAGUUUUUGAGUUCUUCUGAGUUUUCUAUUUUAAUUUUUGUUGAAUUCUAAACCACCUUACUGAAAUGUUUUUGUUUCAUUGUUACUUGUCAUAUUUAAGUUUUAUAGCACUUCAUCCACAUUUUGUCAUAUAAAUUUGGGGUAAAAAAACAAACAUUUUCUUUGGUGGUAGUGAUUUUUAAUCUGUAAAAAAUAAUAUGUUAAUUGUAUUUUAUAAAUAAAAUUAACAAGAUUUUGGAGGAAAACCAUUUCACCUUAAUUUCAAAAUAAACUAAAUUUUUACUGUUAAGUUUAAAAAUUAUGGAUCAUUAAAAAGUCUGAUAAUACAAAAGUGUUAGCUAAAAAUUUUAGGGCUAUUUUUAAUCAUGUAAUGCCUGCUGUACUGAAAACGAGUGUACAUCUGUAUCAUUUAUAACUAAUCAUUCAUUUUUUGCUUGGUCUUGUGGAUAUUAUUUAAAAAAGAAGAUCUCACUCAUCCUUUUGGGUAAAGUAUACUUGAGUAUUACUGACUUCAAAAAUUGUUUAGGUGCAAUUUUCAAAUAACUUUUUAAACUUUUCUUACUUUUGCUUGAAAUUCAUUCAUUUUUAAAGUGUUAGAUAAAAAUCUUUUGAUAAUUUUAGUACUCUAUUUAUAUUUUAAAUAUUAAAAUUUUUAAAGUUAUGAAACAAUUUAUCUUUUUAUUUAAAUUUCAAGUGAGAAAAAAAUAGUGAAAUAAUAUAUUUUAUUAUUGAGGACCUCCUAACCUGAAAUUUUUAUUUUUAAUUUAUUCCUUGAAUGACCAUUUUAUAUUAUAAGGUUAUGGAGACUGAACAUCAGUUAUGAAUCAUCUAUAAAUAUUCUCAAAUAUACCAAUAACAGUUGCUUUUUUAACAUGCACCAAACAAAAAUAAUAAAACAACAAAUACAAUAUGCAUUUAGAUAAAAAUUUUACUAAAUUCAUCCAUUUAAUUCGACUAUGUGCAAAUUAAAACACCAUUUGAAAAAUAUUAAUUAAUGAUGUAUAUAUUAUAUACACUUGCAGAAGUAGAAUGUAGCAAAUUUGCAUCAACUUAAAAAAAAAAUAAAUCAAAUUUAUUCAGUUUGAAUUUCUUUGGUGUCAAAGAUUUGAUUGCUUGUGUAUCUAUAAGAAUUCAAGAUAUUGUAAAAUAAAUUGUUUCUUGAAGUGAACUUGAUUGAAAGAAAAAUGUUUAACAAAUGUUUAAAAUUUUUCAUUUCCUGCUUAACUUUAAGUACCUUUCUACUUCCAGCUUUAUUAUAAAUCAGGCAUUUAAAAUUAAAACUAUGCAUUGAAGCUAAAAACAAGGGUGUUGAACUGCGAUAAAGCUUUAAAGUAGAUUAAUUGGACACAAUUUGUCUAAAUAAAGCAAUAUAUGCUCAGCUUUAAUGAUGAUUUUACAAAAUACAAAUGUAAACGUUUUGGCAAAUGCCUUCAUCAGUACAAAAAAACAAACCAUUUAAAUAAGUAUAAAUUAAAUUUACAUAAUAUAUGUAUCUUGCCUAAAUAAUAGAAAAGAAUAAAGGAAACGAAAACAAAGUCUGAAAAGUUGCAUUAUAAACAGUAAAUGCAUUGUACUUUAUUUGAAUUUGCUUUUAUUUAGUUUACUAGUUUUAUGCUUAAAAACAUUUUGACAAACUUUGAAGACCACUUAGAAAUUCUUUAAAUAUUAAAAAUUCAGUUUUUUCCACAUAUUAUUUAUUAGUUCCAUGUUCUGAUCAGUUUAUGUUUGCCAUGAAUGAUUUAAAGACGUGUGUAUUUCUAUUUGCAAAAAACAUUUAUGGCAGACAUAUGCUGUUUUCCAUUUAUAACUAAAAAAUUUAAUUUCUGUUGCGUAGAUGAGGGUUAUAAAAAUAUGGUAAGUGCACUUGUUAAUUUUUUGUAUUUGUUUAAUUUUAAGUCAGAUUCUGUUACAGGUUCACUGAUGACUCAGUGGUUUUACUCUAUUGUGGUACUCACAACCUGUGAUAAAUUUAUUACUAUAAAUUUUAUGCAAAGUAACCUGUCUUGUUCAAGUGGCAUACCUUUUAGAGCAUCUUAACUUUUUUUCAAUCUUCACUUGUGACUUUAAAUGUUGUUCAUUUGGGGCUAUUAACAUAACAUAACGUUUUAAGAAAAUAGAAUUCCCUGAAUUUAGAUAACUUGCUCCCUAAAGAUAAUCCAAUCGCACAAUUGCUGUGAAAAUAAUUUUUUAGGUACAAUUGAACUAUAAUCUGCAGUUGUAUCAUUUGUUAAUAAUUUUAUCUAACUCAAAAUGUCACCAAAUUGAAUUUUGAUGCAGUUUAUUCAUCAUGUGAUAAGUAAGAAUGAUAUUUAUGAGGUCUUUGUUUUACUCACUAAAUUAAUUAUACCUUGGCAAGCCUGGACAAUUUUUAAAACUAAACAUUAUUUUCAUAUUGAUUUAAUUUCUAAAAUAACUUGUCUGUCACAAUUUCAAUGGGGUCUUAUGUAUUUUUUAUGUCUCGUCCUGUUAAAAUUAUCUUUUGGUUGGUGAGGAUAAUAAUUUAUAUCUAUUGAAAUAUAUGUUGUAACAAGACACUCUGGAUGUACGGUAACAUGUAUAAAUCUCAUUAUUUUUAAUUGAGCAGUCAUAAUAUUUAUAAACAGUGGGACUCUGUGAAAGAAUCCUUCAUUCCUUACUGUCCAUCUUAAACAGUUUUAGCUUGUUGAUUGAAUGUAAAUAUUUUCACUAAAAAUAUGCUUUAAAAAAUGUUGGUUACAAAAACAUUUCAUCUUUAAAGGUUCGGUUUAUUAAGAUUUUAGUCUGCUCAUUCUUUAGAACUGGCACUUGUAUUGUAAUAAAAAAACUUAAAAUAACAAAAAAAACUAAUACUCAACUUAAUCAAAACUUAGACAUGUUUUUAUGCAUGUCAAUAAAUUGUUCCAUUAGUCAUAUACAAAUUCCAAUCACUUUGUCUAGAGUUGUUUUUUUUUUUAGAGAUAAAAUAUUACAUUUAAAAGAAAAUGAUGUUCAAUUUAACAAAUGAUUAUGAUGAAAUCCAUGUGUUUAAAUCUGUAAGGCUGUUUAAUUUCUACAGGUAGAAGAGUGAAACUGACCGUUUCCAUUGUUGCCAUAUUUUGCUUUUUAAAAAAUGCCAUGUUUUUUUUUCAUUUGGGAUAAGUACAAUUCAAAGUAAAACAAAUGAUAUGAUUUGUUUUGGG